AUGUCAGAUUAUGAACGUAUCCGUCUAGUGAUAUUAGGCGGAGCCGGCGUUGGUAAAAGUUGUAUCGUUAAACGAUUUUUAACAAAUAGUUAUACAGAUAAAUAUCGUAGUACUGUUGAAGAUUUAUAUAAUCGUGAAUAUGAUUUAGGUACAGUCACGUUAAAAGUUGAUAUAUUAGAUACAGCGGGUGAUAUGCAAUUUCCCGCUAUGCGCCGUUUAAGUAUUGCCACAGCACAUGCAUUUUUAUUAGUGUAUGCAUCCACAUCGGCUGCAUCUUUUGAAAGUAUUAAACGAUGCUUUGAGGAGAUACGAGAACAACGUGCUGAUUUUCAAGAAAUACCCAUUGUUGUUGCGGGUAAUAAAUUUGAUUUGGCCACGUCUCACCGUGAAGUACGAAUUGAAGAUGUUAGCGAAUGGGUUUAUUGCGAAUUACCAAAAUUAAGGGUUAAAGUACUUGAAUGUUCAGCCAAAGAUGAUUAUAACAUAAAAGAAAUAUUUCGAUCAUUCGUCACACUAUCUAGAAUAUUACCACAAGGACAAGAUGAUGGUAGCGGUACAAGUGGUCUAAAACGACGUUCAUCUGCAUAUGUAUCCACAUCAAAAGGUCAACGACGUACACAAAGUCCAAACGAUAGUACAGUGAGUGGACGUGAUCGGGGUAGUAGUAGUAGCACAUCUACAUCUGCUGAUACAAAUUCAUCAUUAAGUGAACCACGAUCAAAGCCACGAUCGAGAUCGUUAAUACGACGUUCAAGUCGAAAAGCAAAACAACAGAUACGUGAUGCACAAAGUAAUUCUGAUGAAUGUAUAGUAUCAUAA